CCGUUAGUGCAGACACAGGGACUCAGCUUUUCUUUUCUUUUUCUUUGUGUGCCUGUCUCAAAAUGUUGAGCUAACCUAAUUAAUUCUACUGCGUUAAACUACGGAAUAAUGUUAGCAAGUGCAGCUGAGAGAAUGUAGGAAAUUAGAAGUCUCUUCACUUUGGAGAAAGAAUAUGGAAACAUCAUUGGUUUUCUUUUCUCCACUGAAUAUGUGUGAAUCCAAAGAGAAGGCUUUUUUCAAGUUAUUGCAUGGUUCAGGAAAAGAAGGAACAAGCAAAGAAACCAAAAUCAGAGCUAAGGACAAAAGAAACAGGCUGAGUCUUCUGGUGCAGAAAACAGAGUUCCACGCAGACAGCCACCCCAAGAGACUAGGACACCUGGGCAAAGAUGCAAGAGUUCCCCCAGAAGAAGCAAAGAAAUGGGGUGAAUCAUUUGACCAGCUGCUUUCCCAUAGAGAUGGAUUAGAAGCUUUCACGAGAUUUCUUAAAAAUGAAUUCAGUGAAGAAAACAUUGAAUUUUGGAUAGCUUGUGAAGAUUUCAAAAAAAUCAAGGAACCUCAACAAAUCGCUCUUACAGCAAAAGCCAUGUGUGAGAAAUUCAUACAGAAUGAUGCGCCGCAAGAGGUUAACCUUGAUUUUCACACCAAAGAAGCCAUUUCCCAGAGCAUCGUCCAGCCCACCCUCCACAGUUUUGAUGCUGCACAGAGUAGAGUGUAUCAGCUCAUGGAACAAGACAGUUACACACGAUUUUUGAAAUCUGACAUCUAUUUAAGCUUGCUAGAAGGAAGACCUCGGAGAUCGACAAAUCUUAGACGACGAUCACGCUCGUUUACAUGCAGCGAAUUUCAAGACGUAAAAUCAGAUGUUGACAUUUGGUUAUAAAGAAAAUUGAUUUUGCUAUUUUGAUGACAAGCUUACAUGCAUCUAUUUCAAAGAUGUAACCUGUUUGUGCUAAGAAAUGAUUGUGUCUAAGAUAAGAGACAGGAUUUAAAAAUG